CGCGUCUAGACUCGGGACUAUAAAUACAGCGUCCCUAAGGUGAAUCGUCUAAUUACCUGAAACCCAUCCCAACUUUGUACUUUCCCUCUUCUACCACCACACACUCUUCAUUAUGCCUUCUGCAAAGUCAAGCGGUAAGGGUAAGGUUGGCGGCAAGGUCAAGAGCGAGGACACCAAGUCCACGUCGCGGUCCACUAGAGCUGGUCUCCAGUUCCCCGUCAGCCGUAUCCACCGUAUGUUGAGGAGAGCCAACGUUAGCAAGCGCAUUGGGUCUGGUGCUCCCGUAUACCUCGCUGCCGUACUGGAGUACUUGUCGGCUGAAAUCCUGGAGUUGGCUGGAAAUGCAGCUCGUGACAACAAGAAACGCCGUAUCAAUCCUCGUCACCUUCAACUAGCUAUUCGUAACGAUGAAGAGUGCGUCCCUAUAUUGGCUUAUUCGUCGCAGUCUUGGCUUACUUCGUUCUCAGGUUGAGUAAACUGCUUGGAGAUGUGAUCAUCUCUGAGGGCGGUGUCGUACCUUACAUCAACCCUGCACUCCUUCCUGCAAAGAGCAAGAA